UUAAGAUAUAAUAUUUAAUUUAACUAUAUUUAAUGUUGAAAAAAAGAAGAACGAUGAAUAGAUUCUAUCGAAUCUACAAUUGGAAUCGAAAAAAUUUUUAUUGAAAAUUUACAAUUAUGCAUGCAAUUUUGCAGUUAGUGAAAGAGCAAGUGAGACGAUUAGUAAAUUCAACUGCAAGGAAUAGAGAUGAGAUCCUUCAACUACAACAAAAUAUGGGAGCGUGUGGUAUGAAUAAGCAUUACGAGUCAGACAGAUAUGUAGAUCCAGAAUUGAUUAUAAAUAAUCUAAUGGAUAUGGAUAUUCAAAGUCUUAUCCAGUUAAUGGAAAAAACAGGGACUGUAUCUUCACUUGCAAUUGCUAGUACGCUAAGAACCACUCCAGCUAUCCUUAAGGAAAAACUUAAAGAGAAAUGUAAAAAUAGCUUUCUUCAACAACGCUUCAUCCCAGGAGAUUCGGUAAUUGAGAUUGAUAUAGAGAAAGUCUAUUGCCCUUUGAUUUUGAUUCAAAAAGAGAAAGAUGUUAUUGAGCAAUAUUUUAAAGACAAAAUGCAUUAUGUUGAUCUAUUUCACGAAGACAAGAAGAGAACACUAAUCAGUGGUUCAAGUGGCAUUGGGAAGACUUGUCAUUGGAGAUAUCUAAUAUAUCGUCAUGUCGUAGCACAAGAUAUUCUACAAGAUUGUAUUGUUUUACCUCUGGACUGUAAUAGAAUAAAGAAAAAGACUAUUAUCGAUGAAAUCUUAUACCAAAUUUACAGCGAAGAAUCUCCUACUGAAGAAAGAAUUUCGCUUAUUAAAUCAUUCUUAGAUCCGAAGUGUAACAUAUUUGGCAAAAAGUUUGUCAUACUUCUAGAUGGUGUCAAUGGAACACUCGAUAAUAAUCCGGAGCUUAGGGACCUUGUUUAUAAUAAGAUUAGCUCAAUUCCUUUAGUGGUAUGGUGUAGAGAUGAUAAAUCAUUAGAAAUUCGCCAGCAUUACAAUAUUGAACUACAAAUUCAAGGAUUCGACGAAUCAAGUAUACUACUCUAUCUUGAAAAUUUCUUCAAAUAUCAAGGCCGCUCUUACGAUGGAAAAUGUUCGGCUGACCUUGCUAGACAACUGUUUGAAAAGUUGAAGGAACCGUUCUAUUAUCCUAUGAAACUAUGCUAUCAUCCCUCAAUUCUUCUCUCAAUAGCACUACAACAUAACGAUCAAGUAAACAUUGACUUUAGGAAUGUCGGCAAUGUAUUAAAAAAUUUGAUUCAAUUUUCAAGAAAGUGGAAUAAUAUUCCACCUUUGAGUGAAGAUGAACUGGAAGAAUUGAUAAUAAAUUACAGUAAAGAAGUAUUUCAAAAAUCAUUCGAUAACAGGUGCUUUUUCGAAGUAAUACAAUCAUCAGAAUAUUUCAAUUGUAGCAAAGGGACAGCUUUAUUUUGUGUCGUUGGUCGACGUUACAGCACAAGCAAAGAAGGAGUAAUCUUGACAAAACGAUUUAUUCAUCUGAUAUUGAAUGAUAUUCUCGAGGCCACAUACAUUGUAUCACAUAUCAAUUGCCUAGAGGUGAACGACUAUUUUGCAAAGCAAAACAUAAGAAAAAAGCUCAGAGUAUUGGAAUUUAUAAAAUUACUCGAUAAAGAUAUUUAUUCAGGAAAAGAGAAGACGUAUGGAGAUAAAUUCAAGAUGAUAAAAACAAUAAGUGACUCUUUAAAAAAUGCCCUUAUGUAUGGUCCUUCGUAUGGAAAAUUAAAAUUAGUCAACGAAUCACUAUCUAUAGAAAUAAUAGACAUUUUAUUACAAAGAUACGGAAUGUAUAUCAAAGAAUUAUGUUUGAUUAAUACUUUCCUAGAUUUUACUAACUUUUGUGAAAAAUCAAAAGACUAUUUAAGGCUGAGUUUAACAAACUUUGAACUAGUCAAUUGCCUAGAGGUUGUGAAAAUAUUGGAUAUUAUAAAGUUUAUUAACGAUCAUCCAAAGUUAAAAUGCAUACACUUAAAAAACCUUUCUUUCAAAUUUGAAGAUGGAACAAAUUUUCAAUCUUACAAAGGCGAAGUCAGCUGUUUGGCAAUCAUCUCAAGUAAUAUUACUGAUGAAGUUACUCUAUUCUCUCAAAGCUUCUUUAGAGAAUUAAAAAGACUUAUCCUAUCAAAUGACAAAUAUUUAGGUAAAGCACUAUCAAUUUUACAUAACGGAAAUACGUUCCAUUGUCUAAAGCAUUUGAAUAUCUCAAAUGGUUCAUUACAAAAAGAAGACUUUCCAACGGUAAAGGAUAUGUGUAAAAAGUUACAGUUAAAAUCCUUUAAUUGCUCAAAUAACAAUUUCAAAGGCUUAGAUUCUAGUGAGAUUGUGAUGUGUUUAGAAAAUAGUACUAGUUUAAAUACCUUAGAUAUGAGCAAUUGUAAUAUUAAUAUUAAAGAUGGAGAUGGAUUCCUUCAUAUGAUACUAACUUUUAAAAAGUUACAAGUAUUAUAUCUAUUCGGUAACCUAUAUAGUCUAAAUUUUGCUCACGCAGUAUUGUCCAGUUUAAGUGAAUUGGAAGAGGUAGGAUUGGGAGGAGUUCAAAACUCUGACCAUCUAUUAAAUGUUGUACCAAAAUACAAAGAGAAUCAAAUGAGAAUAUUCAAACUAACUGAAUCAAAGUUGACAUCCUAUUACGCUCUACCAUUUCUAGAAUCUAAUAAAAAGUCAUUACAACAGUUAAUUUACAAUGACAGCUCUAUGGAUGCCAUGGAUCUUAUGAAGACUAUUAAAGAUUUUGAGAAUAUAUUUUAUCUAAACUUAGAUUAUGUAAAUCUAAAGUCAAUAGAAUUCGAAAAUCUGAAUCUACUAAAAUCAGGAAAGAUUCGCAAGUUAUCAAUUCAAUAUUCUGACAUACAACCUAGCCAAAUUAAGAAAUUAGCUGAAAAUGCAAGUCUUAUCUCAGUGAUAGAACACUUGUUUGUAUCGGGCAAUCAAAUAGGUGAUAAAGCUAUGCUAAAACUUUUGCAUGAAUUAUCAACUCACGCACAAAGCAUAACAACUAUCUCCUGCAAUGAUACUUCAAUAAGUACAAAAACGUUGCAAGAUAUGGAGGAUAAAUGGAGACACUUUAAAUCUUUAGAGCAUCUUCAUAUUAAAAAUAGCUUUAACAAGACAGAAAGUGAUAUAAAAACGAAAUUUUUCCGCGAUGUAAAAUUUACGAUCAACGUGUAAGAAAAUGCUACACUUACUAUUUCAAAAACACUGUGUGAAUCUAUUAAGAGUGGUAAUAGGGAAUACAGGAAGUAAGCAUCUCUCCAAUCAUAUCGAUAUGAAGUACGAACAUCUCAACAUCUCAGUAUUCAAAAUGGCGUCGACAAGCUAUUAAAAGUCAAUUGAAUAACCAAUAAGACAAAAAGACCCUCUACUUAGAAAGAUUAGAACAAAAGAACAAAGGAACAUAGAACAAAAGAAAAACUAAUCAAUUAGAGAAACCAUUAUUGCCUUUCUCUUCUUACGAUUACAAUUAAUAAUUACAAACGCAAAAGAUUAGGCCUAAUAAAGCAUUUAAAACUACGAAAUAUAUAAUUAUUUUAAUUAGUGA